AUGAGUAGAAACAUUAGAGUAUUAGAUCUAAAGAAUGUGGCAAAAUAAAGGCUAUCUAUUAAGGCUCCAGUUCAAAUUCGUAAAUUUGAUUUGUCUAGAAUUAGGGAAUAGGAAUUGGAAUUUAAAAGUUUGGUUGACUCAUUUGAAUCUGAUUAAAGGUACUUGAUUAAAAAUAAUGUAGUAUUAAUUCUCCAAUAAAUGGAUCAUUUAUUAUAAAAUCUUAACGUUCAUUGUCUAAAAAGAAAAAUGUAAAUUCCAAAGAAGAGUAAAAUAUAUAUGGAUUAAAAAUAUUGAUGAAUUAGCGUUCUUCUUAAAAGUAAUUUGAUAGUAGAAGAUCAAGUACAGAUAUAAUUUAUUUGGAACAAUAAUAAGAAAAGAGUAAUUUGGAAUGGUUAGAACAUUGCAAAGAAAUUGAACCUCCAUAGGCAAAAUGCCAGUUUUUCCAUUAAAAAUCAAAGUAUUUAAAACUAUAAGUAGAUAGUCAAUAUUUUUGGGAGGAUGUUGCAAUCUUGGAUCUUGACAUUCAAUAAAAUAAGUUUAUAGUUUAAAAGUAUCCUGAAGGUCAAAUUAAGAAAGUGGAUAGACUCUCUCUGUAAUUUGUAAAUUAAAACUAAGAAAUUUAUUAAAAAGUUUAGCAAUCCAAGUAAACAUAUAAUUAAAUAAAAGUUAAUAGAGAUAAUUACUUAAGAAGAUAGAAAAUAAGAAAUUAUAACAAAUCAUGUCUGUACAUAGUACUGAAGUAUCAUAAUUCCCUAAAACAUUGAGAUAAAAAUUAUUUAAGAAAUACAUGAAUACUUCAAUGACAACAUCUUUGUUAGAUGAAAUAUAAAAUGAAUAUAUUGUAGCUAUGAAGAAAUGUGCAGUAGGCAAUUAUGAUAACAAAUAUAAAUUUGUGCCUUAAUAAAGAUAUUAAUACUAUUCUUUUAAUAGAAAACAACUGAAAAAGUUGGUACAUUUCUAUAAAAAGUCUGCCAUAUGUGCUAUGUAAAAUAUGAUUUAAAGAAUUGAAGGUUAAACAAUUUUUACUUAUGAUUUUCGAUUGAUUCAUUUACCUUUAAAAUUAGAGGAAUUUAACCAUCUUAUUGAUUAAUAAAUUACACUCUAAUUAAAUGAAUUUAAAAAUCAAAGAUUAUUUAUGCUCUCUAAUAUAUAAGAUUGUUUAUCUAAAGAACAUAGUUUUGUAACUACAUAAUAAGAUUAAUUCAAAGGUGGAUAAUUGGAUAAAUUACUUACUAAAAUUAAUUAUAUCUAUCUAAAUUUUCUAAAAAAAUAGAUUGAAAAAGAAUAUAAUAGUUUAAAGAUAUUCUUAAAAUAAUAUACAUAUGAUGAUAAGAAUGAAGUUAGAAUAGAAUUAAGCACCCUUCUUGAAUUAAGUGUCAAAAUUAUUAUACCAAAAGGUGGCAAAAUGUCAAGGAAGGAUAUAAGACUUUCAAAUGUUUAGAUGAUUAAAUAAAAUGAUCCAAUCAUUUAUAUUUAAUAUUCUUUAAACGAUAUUAUAGAAUAAUUAUUAAAACCUUGUAGAUAAUUAUUAACAUUUGUACAAAAAUUCUAAACUAUUAGAAGUGAAUUAAUGACAUUAUUAUUAUUAAAAGAAACACUUAAAGAUAUAUUUGAUUAAAAAUAAAUUCAUGAUUUAGAAGAGGAAAUUAUAUAAAUAAUAACAAUAGAAUAUUAAAAAUGCUAUAAUUUAGUUGAGAAGUUUUAAUAAUUUAAGAAAUUUUUGAUUCCAUUAAAAUCAAAAGAAAUUGCUGAAAUUUUAGGAAUUGAACCAAAAGAAAAGUCAAUAACUUCAAUUAAUAAACAAUCAAUAGUGUAAAGAUUGCAGUAAUCAAAAAGUGCACUAAUGGAAAUAGAUCAUUUGUGUAAUACUAGAAGUAGACUAGGAUUAUUUUCAGUUAAUUUAAAUGAUUUAAAAUUAGUAUUGAAGGAGAAAGUUUAAGAGUAAGCUAAUCAAAUAACAAAUGUAUAAUUUCAUUCAUAUUUUUAUUAGAAAAUAAUUGAUCUUAUCAAAUUUAAUACUGCAAACAUAAAAUAAUAAUUUGAUGAAAUAUAAUCUAAAAGUUCUACAUUACCUAAUACAGAGGAAAAGUUAGUUGAAUUAAAAUUGUUGUUAGGGGAGUUGAAGAUGGAAUUUUCAAGAAAGAAAGUAGAGAUAUUAUAGAUGUAAAAUAUAUUAAUUUUAUAAUUAGAGGAUAAAUGCUUGAAGUAUUAAAUAUGUUUUAUGUUCCAUUUGAUUUUAAUCUUAUGGUAGACUUCUUUUAAUUAAAAUAUUGGCCUUAAGAUAUUACAGAAUUAGUACAAAUGAAUAAGAAUAUGAUUGAAAAAUAAGAGAAAUAAUUUUUAUAGAAACUUUAAGUAGAAAAGUAUGAAUUUGAAGAACAUAUUUAUAAGAUUUCAGAAUUAUUUAGUGAGAUUAAAACGUUUCAUUCAUAUGAAGAGGUUAAACAUAAAUUACCUGCUGUUAGGUAACUUAAUUUAUAUUUUGAUGAUGCAAAAGAAAUGACACAUUCAUUUCAUUAAAGAGAAGGAUUAUUUGGAUUACCAAAUUCUACUUAUCCAUAAUUAGAUUUAUUAAUUAGUGAAUUUUAACCAUAUUAAAAGUUAUGGGAAUUAGCUAGUAGUUUUGAAUAAUAAAAAGAUUAAUGGUUAUAUGGAUCAUUUAAAAAGUUGAAUUCUUAAGAUAUUUAAAUAAAAAUAAAUGAUUAUGUCAAUUAAACAAUAAAGAUGACACAAUAUUUUAAAGAUGUCAAUAAUGAAUAUGCGUAACAAUUUCUUAGAGGACUUAGAGCAGCUAUGGAGAGAUCAAAAGAAUUCAUUUGGAUUAUAGAAGCACUUGUUAUAGAAGCUUUUUAAAAGAAGCCUUCAUUUUGGAGAGAUUUAUUUAGAGAAUGUCAUAUAGCAAAUUUUGAUCCUAAAGAAGAUUUUCCUUUAUAAAUAUUGAUAACAAGAGGAAUCUUAAAUGUAAAAGAGUAAGUUUUAGCAGUUUCUUAGAGAGCAGAGAAAGGAUGGAACAUAGAGAAGAGAUUAAAUGAAAUGUAAGAUAAAUUAUCAGUAAUUGUGAUAGAGAUUGUACCUUAUAAAGAUACUUAUAUAUUUAAAAAUUAUGAAGAAGUUUAAAUGUUAUUAGAUGAAUAAUUAAAUGUGUUAGGUAUUUUAAAAGCUUAACCACAUGUAAAAAUGGUAUUAAGUAAAGCUAAUUAAUUGGAAUAUAAAACAGUAUUGAUAUAAGAUACAUUGGAAUAUGGUAUGAAAUGUUAGAAACAUUGGAUAUAUUUAGAUCCAAUUUUUACUAGUGAAGAUAUUAAGAAGAAAUUAGCAAAAGAAGCUUAAUAUUUUAGAAAUGUAGAUUAAUCAUUUAAGAUGUGUAUGGAAAAUUUUAAUUAGAAUAGGAAAAUAUGGGAAUGUAUAGAUUCUGAGAAAAUGAAAGUAGAAUUUAGUAAUAAUGUAUUAAUGCUUGAUCAAAUUUAAAAAAGUUUAACUAUUUAUUUAGAAUCUAAAAGAGUACUUUUUCCAAGAUUUUAUUUUGUUUCAGAUGAAGAAUUAGUUGAGAUUUUGGCAUAAACUAAAGAGCCUAUGUAAGUAUAAAGACAUAUUUAUAAAUGUUUUGAAUCUAUUUAGGAAUUAAAGUUUGAGAGAUAUUCUUUAAUUACAGGAUUCUAUUCAUCAUUAAAGGAAUGUGUUCCUUUAGAAUAAGCAAUAAAUGUAGCAUAAGAUGAUAAAUCUGGAAAUGUUGAAUUAUGGUUAUAAGAUUUAGAGACUUAAAUGAAAGUAUCGAUCUCAAGAAUAUCUAAUAGAACAUUAAAAGAUUUAAAUUGUACAAAAUAGGAAUUUAUUACAAAAUGGCCAACAUAAUCUAUUUUAUUAGCUAAUUAAAUAAAAUGGACUAGAAGCACAGAAACUGCUAUUAGAUAAUAAUAAAAAAUGAAUCUAAAAUUAUAUUUAAGUAUAUUACAUAAAGAACUUUAAGAUACUGUAUAAUUAGUUAGAUCAGAUUAAAAUAAAUUAUAAACAGCAACAUUAGAAGCUAUGGUUGUAAUUGAAGUACAUUAAAAAGAUAUAGUAGAUACUUUAUAUAAGAAGAAUGUUUAAGAUGCAAAUGAAUUUGUUUGGAUUUCUUAAAUGAGAUUUUAUAAUGAAAUUAUAGAAUAAGAAUUUGUUGUUAAUGUUAAAAUGGUUAACUCAGUAUUAUAAUAUGGUUUUGAAUAUUUGGGUAAUUUAACUAGAUUAGUGAUAACUAAAUUAACAGAUCGAUGUCAAAGAACUUUAUUAAGUGCUUUAAAUAUGAGUUAUGGAGGAGCACCUGAAGGACCAGCUGGAACAGGUAAAACAGAAACUGUAAAAGAUUUAGCAAAAGCAAUAGGAAUGCCUUGUAUAGUAUUUAAUUGUUCUGAAGGAUUAAAUUAUAUAGCAAUGGGUAAGUUUUUUAAAGGAUUAGCUUCUUCAGGAUCAUGGUGUUGUUUUGAUGAAUUCAAUAGAUUAGAUCCUGAAGUAUUAUCAGUUGUUGCUCAAUAAAUAUAUACUAUAUUUUAAGCAGUAAAAGAAAAAAGAAAAUAAUUCAAUUUUGAAGGUGUAAAUAUUAAUUUAACUUUGACUGUAUCUAUCAAUAUUACUAUGAAUCCAGGUUAUGCAGGUAGAUCUGAAUUACCAGAUAAUUUAUAGAUUUUAUUUAGACCAUGUGCAAUGGUAGUACCAGAUUAUGCAAUGAUAGCUGAAAUUUAUUUAUAUAGUACAGGAUUUGAAAAAGCAAGAGAAUUGAGUUAAAAGAUAGUUACAUGUUUGAGAUUAUGCAAUGAAUAAUUAUCUUCUUAAGAACAUUAUGAUUUUGGUAUGAGAGCACUCAAAGCCAUACUAAGUGCUGCUAAAAAUAUGUAUGAAGGAUAUGAAGAUGAAAUAUGUUUAACAGCAAUUAUAAAUGUAAAUAAACCAAAAUUUAUACCUAAUGAUGUUGAUCUAUUUAUGGCAAUUACAAAAGAUUUAUUUCCUGAUGUUAAACCAGUUGAAUCUAAUUAAUUAGAAUUAGAAGAAGCAUGUGCUGAAUUAAAUUGUUAAAUGGAUAAAUUGUUUUUAUAAAAAAUAGAAGAAUUACAUAAUAAUAUUAAUGUUAGAAAUGGAGUUAUGUGUAUAGGUGAAACAUUCUCUGGUAAAACAACUACUAUUUAAGUUUUAGCAAAAGCUCUUAAUUGUUAAAUCUUUAAACUCAAUCCAAAAUCUAUUAAUACUGAUUAAUUAUAUGGAUUUUUAGAUCCUGAUACAAGAUAAUGGUCUGAUGGUGUAGCUCCAAUUUUAAUUAGAGAAAAUAUUGAGAAAUCUUAAAGAAUUUGGAUUCAUUUUGAUGGUCCUGUAGAUUCAUUGUGGAUUGAAAAUUUAAAUACUGUUUUAGAUGAUAAUUAGAAAUUAUGUUUAACUUCUGGUGAAAUAUUGAAAAUACCAACUACUAUGUGUAUGGUAUUUGAAGUUGAAGAUUUAUCAGCAGCUUCUCCUGCUACUGUAUCUAGAUGUGGUAUGAUAUAUUAUAUUCCUUUUAAAUGGCCAUCCUUAAUUGCUUCAUUAUAAUUACCAAAUGGAUUUGAUUUAGAUUAUUUUAUAAGGAGAAUGAGAUUGUAAUAUAUAAUAUUUAAUAUUUUAGUUUAAUUGAUCAUACAUUAGCAUGGACAAAGUUGUAUGUUAAAUUUCCUGUUAUGUAUAUAGAAACAAUUCUUGUUUCUAAUUUUAUAAAUCUUACAAAGAAAUGUUUAACUUUUCUUAAUGAUGAAGAAAAAACUCCAAAUAAUAUGGAUAAUAUGAUGAUUUUUGCUUUAAUUUGGUCUGUUGGAGCAGCUAUGGAUGAAAUUUAUAGACCAUAAUUCAGUAAAUUUAUUAAUUAAUUAAUUAAAACAAAUAAAUCUGAUUUAUAAACUAUUUAUUAAGAUGAAGCAACAUUUGGAUUUCCUAAUAAUGAUAACAUUGAUUAUUUUUUACAUUGUUUUUCAAAUGGAAAAUGGGUUAAAUGGAUCAAUGUAAUAAUAUUUUAUUUAUUAUAUAGCUUAGUAAUAAAAAGUAAAUCAAUCCUGAAAUGUAAUUCCAUCAAAUAGUUGUUUAAACACAAUCAUCUAUUAGAAAUGAUUAUUUAGCCACUAUAGGUCUUCAUAUGUUAUAUUGUGGACCAACAGGUACUGGAAAAACUCUAUCAAUGGCAUCUAAAUCAGGAUUUUAAAUUAUUUGUUCUGGUUCUACAACAGGUAAUUCUAUUUAAAGAUUAAUUGAAACUAAAAUUAAUAAAAGAAGAAGAAAAGGUUAUUAUGCAUCUGAAGAAGGUCACAUUUUUAUAUUUAUAGAUGAUUUAAAUAUGCCUUAUAGAGAACCUGAAGGUGCUUAACCUGCAAUAGAAUUACUAAGAUAAUGGAUGGAAAUGGGAGGAUGGUAUGAUUUAGAUAAUAAGGAAUUUAAAUAUAUGUGUGAUAUCACAUUUCUUGGAGCUAUGCAACCAAAUGUUAGUGGAAGGAAUUAAGUAACAAAAAGAUUUUUAAGAUUCUUCAAUAUAUUAUAUAUUGGAGGAUUUGACAAUGAAAGUAUGACUAAUAUGUUGGAAGUGUUUAUUUAUUGGUUAUCUAUAAAAAUAGAGAAUGGUGUAGAAUUUUUAAAUAUUAAAGAUUAAAUAAUAGUUACUACUCUAUUUUUAUUUGAGAAGGUGUAAACAAGAUUGUUACCUACUCCUUCUAAAUCACAUUAUAUUUAUACAGUGAGAGAUAUAUUUAAAAUAGUUUAGGGAAUGAGUAAAGUUAAUAAAAUUAUUAAUUAAUAAUAUUUAGUUAAAUUAUGGAGUCAUGAAUGUGCUAGAAUAUUUAGUGAUAGAUUAGUAGAUUAGAAUGAUAUAAAGAUUUAUAAUGAUAUAAUGAAGGAAUCACUUUAAUAAUUAUAUCCUGAUCAUCUUUAACAUAAUCUAUUUCUUCCAUUUUUCAAUAAAUAAUAUGAAGAAGCUCCAUUAAUGAAUAGAGUAUUAGAGAAGGUUAAGUGGUAUUUAGAAUAAUACAAUUAUCAAUAAUAAUAAUAUAAAAUGGAAUUGAUAUUAUUUACUAAUGCUAUUUUACAUGUUGCUAGAAUAUCUAGAAUAUUAUUAAGUGGACAUGCAUUAUUAAUUGGUAUGGGUGGAAGUGGCAGAAGUAAAACAUUCAUAAAUAUAAUUUAGCAUCAUUAUCAAAAUUGGCUAAUUUCAUAUUAUUUUAGUAAUCUGCAGAAACUAUUGAUUCUAAAUAAUGGGAUGAAAAUUUAUUAUCUGUUUUAAAAGAUUCAGGUAUGGAAAAUAAAAUAAUAACAUUAAUUUUUUAAGAAUCUCAAUUUCAUUAAGAUUAUAUGUUAGAAGAUAUUUGUAAUAUAAUGACUCAUGGAGAGGUGUCUCAUUUAUUCCCUCCUGAAGAAAGAAUUAAAGUUUAAGAAGAAUUACCAUAUUAAUAAUUUAUCAAAAAUUGUAAACAUAAUAUGCAUAUUAUUUUAUGUAUGUAACCAAUAGGUGAAACAAUACGUAAACGUUUAAGAUCAUUUCCAGCAAUUAUUAAUAGUACAACUAUUGAUUGGUUUAUGAGUUGGUCAGAUGAAGCAUUAGAAUCUACAGCUUUUGGAUUUCUCAAAUAAAAUUCUUUAGUUAAAGUUGCUGUAGAUAUACAUCAUAAAGUAUUAGAUCUUACUGAUAAAUAUAAAGAAGAGAUGAGAAGAUACUUUUAUGUUACUCCAACUUAAUAUUUAUAAAUGUUAAAAAUUUAUUAGAAGAUAUAUGAGGAAAGAGUAUUAAGAUCAAGAAAGGCUAUAGAUAGAAUGGAAACAGGAAUUGAAAAGAUUUUACAUACUGAAUAAGAAGUAGAUAAGAUAAGGAAUGUGUUAUUUGAAUUAUAACCAUAAUUAGAAAAAGCAACUAAUGACAAUUAAAUUUUAUUAAAGAAGAUUAAGAAAAGAUAAUAGGAUGCUGAUUAAAAAAGAAUGAUUUGUGAAUAAGAUGAAAAAGAAUGUAGUGUUUAAAGAGAAGAAGCAAAUUCUUUAAGAAAUUUAUGUUAAACUUAAUUAAAUAAUGUUAUUCCAUUACUCAAAUAAGCAACAGAUGCUCUAGAGAAAAUAUCAAGAGAAGAUAUGAUUUUAUUGAAAUCAUUUAUUUAUCCUCCUCCUUCAGCUGCAAUUGUAAUGGAGGGAUUAUGUUAUGCAUUUGAAAUUGAUGAUCAAGUAUUAUCUAAAAAUAAAGAUCCACCAACUAUUUAAGAUUUUUGGGAUUUUGCAAAAAAGAAUUUAUUAAAUGAUAAAUUAAUUAAAAGAAUUAAGAAAAUGAAAUUAGAAGAAAUUAGAGCUAUUAAUAUUGUAAAUAUAGAAAAACUUGAAGUUUUUUCAUAAAAUCCAUUAUUUGAUAGAGAUAAAGUAUUUAAUGCUUCUACUGCUGCAGGCAAUCUUUCUGAUUGGAUAAGAGCUGUUUUAAAUAGUUAUUAAGCUGUUGAAAUUAUUGAACCAAAGAAAUAAUAAUUAGCAGAAGCAGAAGUUAGAUUGAAAGAUGCAGAAGAGAAAUUAGGUAUAAAAAGAUCAGCAUUAGAUGAAGUUAUGAUUGAAUUAAAGAGAUUAUCUAAUGAAUAUCAAAAAGCAAGAAUUGAAAAAGAAUAAAUAGAAUAGAAAGUAGAAAGUAUAACAAUAUAAUUGUAAAGAGCAGAAAAAUUAACUAAUAAUCUAUCAGAUGAAAAAGUUAGAUGGAAAAAGAAAACUUAAAAAAUUAAAGCAGAAUAAAAUACACUUGAAGGAGAUAGUAUUCUAUGUUCAGCUUUAAUAUCUUAUAUGGGAGUAUUUCCUAUUUAAUAUAGAGAAAAUGCAAUAUAACUAUGGUAAAUGAAAUUAUUAUAGGAAGGUAUUUAAUCUUCUUCACCAUUUCAAUUAUAAAAAUAAUUAAGUGAUCCAUUAUAAAUAAAUAAAUGGAUACAAUAGAAAUUACCUAAUGAUCAAUUUUCUAUUGAUAAUGCCAUUAUUAUGAAAUAAUCAUCCAAAUGGCCUUUAAUUAUUGAUCCUUAAUUAUAAGCAAAUCAAUGGAUUAGAAAUAUGGAAGAUAGCAAAAGUUUAUUAAUUUUUAAUGCAAGAUCACCAAUUUAAUAAGUAUAAUUAUAAUUAGAACAUGCAAUAUAAAUUGGAUAUGCUGUCUUGGUUGAAAAUGUUACUGAAGAUAUUGAUCCUCUAUUUAUAUAAAUUUUAUCAUAGAAAGAUUUUGGAUCAACUCCUUAAAUCAAAUUCUUUGAUAAAGUUAUUGAACAGUCUAAUGAUUUUAGAUUCUAUCUUACAUCUAAAUUAGAUAAUCCACAUUAUUAACCUUAAAUUUGUGUUAUGGUUACAUUAUUAAAUUUCUAAGCAACACUUUAAGGAUUAACAGAUUAAAUGUUAAAUGUAGUUGUCAAAAUUGAUGAACCAGUUAAAGAAGAAUUAAGAAUUAAAAAUAUCUUUUAUUUUAUAUCUAAUUAAGAUAAAUUAAUAAAAACAGAAGAUUAAAUGUUAGAAUUACUUUCUUAAGCAGGAGGUGAUUUAUUAUAAAAUGAAACAAUCAUUAUUGCAUUAUAAAAUACAAAAGAUGAAGGUAAUAACAUAGAAGAAAGAAUACGUAAAUUAGAGACUGAUAGUUAAGCAUUCAAUGUUACUAGAUAAUCUUAUUAAUAAGUAGCUGAAACUGUUGCAAAUUUAUAUUUUGUAGUUUAUUAUUUAGCUACAGUUGAACCAACUUAUUUAUGGUCAUUAGAUUUUUAUGUUGCUCUUUAUUCAAAAGCUAUUAAAGAAGCUUAAUAAGGAAAACUUAAAAGAAAUUAAAAUAUUAUUGAUAAAUUUAUACAAAUGCUUUAUAAUGCUAUAAAUAGAUCUUUAUUAGAAAAAGAUAAAUUAAUUUUUAGAUUUCUAUUAUGUUAAAGAUUGAUGAAUGUACCUAUAAAUUUGGUUAGAACAUCAGUUAUGGGUUGUUCAUUAACCUCUACAGAAAUAGCUAUGCCUAAAGAAUACUCAUGGUUAACUUAUAAAAUGUGGUUAGCAUUAGUUGAUCUUUAAUAAUAAUAUCCACAUAUAUUUAAUGGACUUUGUGAUUCAUUUAUAAAUAAUAAACCAUUUUGGGAUCAUUUCUAUUCUAGUUCUCAUAGUUUCAAGAUAUAAAUAUUAAAUUUAGAUUAAUUUUAAAAUAAUAUGAUUGUUAAAAUUAUUAAACCAGAAUAAUUUAUAUAAGCAACAAAUGAAAUGAUUAGAACAUUUAUGGGAUAAAUCUUUUUAGAAAGUAUUCCCAUUACAUUUGAAUAAUUUUAUUUAGAAUCUGAUCAAAAUACUCCAUUACUUUGUGUUACAACUCCAGGUGCUGAUCCAAGAUCUGAAAUAAUUGCUCUAGCUCAUAAAUAUUGGUUUUAAGAUAAACUUAAUGUUAUAUCAUUGGGUUAAGGAUAAAGUUAAUUAGCAAUUAAAUUAAUUUUGAAAGCUAUUUAAAAUGGAAAUUGGGUACUCUUAUAAAAUUGUCAUUUGGCAGCAUCAUUUAUGCCUGAAUUAGAAAAAUUAUAUGAAAAUUAAUUAAAAUAAAAUAUCCAUUAAAAUUUUAGACUUUGGUUAACUACUUUACCAACAAAUUUAUUACCAUAAAAUGUAAUUAUAAGAGGUAAAUAAAAUUAAUAUUAUAUUUAUAGCACUUAAGAUGACUUAUGAAUUGCCAAGAGGAAUAAAGAAUAAUAUGUUAAGAUCAUAUUUAUCUUAAGAUCCAGAAAAAUUUGAAUUAUGUAAAAGAUUAAAAGAAUGGAAGAAUUUGUUUUUUUCUUUGGCUCUUCUUCAUGCAUGUUUACUUGAACGUAAAAAAUAUGGACCAUUAGGAUGGAAUAUAGGAUAUAAUUUCUCAUAACAUGAUUUAGAAAUGUCUAAAGAAUAAAUUCUAUACUUUCUUGAUUAAAAUAAUGAUAUUCCAUGGGAUGCUCUUCAUUAUUUAAUAGCAGAAAAUAAUUAUGGAGGAAGAGUCACUGAUCCAGUUGAUAGAAAAUUGUUAAAUAUUUAUGUUUCUGACUUUAUUAAUAAAGAUAUUGUAGAAGGUUUCUCAUUUAAUGAUGUUUAUAAAGUACCUAUAGAAAUGUCCUUAAAAGGAUAUAUAGAAUAUAUAUCAGGAUUUCCAAUUGCAGAUCCUCCUCAGUUAUUUGGUUUACAUCCAAAUGCUGAAAUCUAUUCUGCUAUUUUAGAUACAGAAAACUUAAGUUCUACUAUUUUGUAAUUGCUUCCUCGAACUUUAGGGGAUUAAAGCAUACAUCCAGAUAAAUUAGUUUAAAAGAAAGGGAAAUCUAUAUUGAAUGAAUUACCUGCUUAAUUUGAUAUUUAAUUAGUUGAAUUAAAAUAUCCAUUACUUUAAGAUAAUUCUAUGCAUACACUUAUUUAAUAAGAAGUUAAUAAAUAUAAUAGAUUAAUUUCUCAAAUAUCAAAAUCAUUAGAAUAACUUAUGUAAGCACUAGAAGGCUAUAUUAAUAUGACAGAUUAAUUAAAUGAUAUUUACAAUUCAAUUUUUGAUAAUAAAAUACCUUCAGAUUGGAUCAAACUCUCUUAUUUGACAACUAAACCAUUAGGAUCUUGGUUUAGUGAUUUACUUAAAAGAAUUCAAUUUUUAGACAGUUGGAUUAAUAAAGGAGAACCUACAAUCUUUUGGCUUGGUAGUUUUUUCUUUAUUCAGGGAUUCUUAACUGCAGUAUUAUAGAAUUAUUCAAGAAAAUCUAAGAUUCCAAUUGAUUAAUUAAAAUUUGAUUUCGAAUUUAUGAAAAAAACUCCAACUGAAAAUUCAAAUGGAAUUUUUAUUGAAGGUUUAUCAAUUGAUGGAGCUUAAUUUGAUUUAGAAGAAUAAACUCUAUUGGAACCAGAACCAAAUAUAUUAUUUUUUAAAUGUCCAAUAAUUAAGUUUUUACCAACAAAUUAACCAAAAAAAUAUAAUCAUUAUUCAUGUCCAUUAUAUAAUACUUCUUAAAGAAAAGGAGUUUUAACUUCGAAUGGUUUAUCAAUUAAUUUUAUUUGCAAUAUUAAAAUACCAAUAAAAAAUGAAAAGAAACAUUGGUCUAAAAGAGGAGUAGCUUUGAUUAUCUAAAUUGAUUGA